AUGAGAUUCGGCCAGCAGCUGCGAAGUUCUCUGAUCAAGGACUGGUAUUACUACUACAUCUCCUACGAUGAGCUCAAGAGGAGUCUAAGGAACACCAAUUUUGAGCAUACCCCAGCCAUCCAGCAGGUCCACAAGCAAGCAGCGGCCUGGAGUGAGGAUGAUGAGAAACGCUUCGUCAAUCAGCUCGAGGAGGAAUUGGACAAGGUGUUUACCUUCCAAAAGGUGAAGAGUCAGGAGAUCAUUCGCAGGAUCAAUGCUACGGAGAAGGAAGUCAAUGAGGUAAUCGGUCGCUCGCAAGCUGCUGAACAGGACGCCAGUGCCAAGGCCAACGAGCCUGACGAGGAGGAGUUCUUGCUGCUGGAAGAAGAUCUCUCGGACAUCAUCGCAGAUGUGCACGAUCUGGCCAAGUUCACCCAGCUGAAUUACACCGGUUUCCAGAAGAUCAUCAAGAAGCACGACAAACAGACCCACUGGCAUCUAAAACCUGUCUUUGCUGCACGUCUCAAUGCUCGGCCAUUCUUCAAGGACGAUUACGAUGGCACUGUGAUCAAGCUCUCAAAGCUGUACGACUUGGUCCGAACUAGAGGCAAUCCUAUCAAGGGUGAUUCGUCGGCUGGUGGCAAGCAACAGAACUUUGUUCGUCAGACCACGAAGUACUGGGUGCAUCCGGACAAUAUCACCGAGCUGAAGCUCAUCAUCCUCAAACAUCUACCUGUGCUGGUCUUCAAUCCGAGUAAAGAGUUUGAGAGAAAAGACUCUGCCAUCUCAUCUAUCUACUACGACAAUACCGAUACCUGGGAGCUUUAUGAAGGCCGUCUGAAGAAGACCGAAGGUGCCGAGGCCGUUCGUCUGCGAUGGUAUGGUGGUAUGGAGUCAGACACGAUCUUCGUCGAGCGCAAGACACAUCGUGAGGAUUGGACUGGCGAGAAAUCUGUCAAGGCUCGCUUCUCGUUGAAGGAAAAGAAUGUCAAUGCCUACCUUCGCGGUGAUCUGACGACGGAGAAGAUCUUCGAGAAGGCGCGUCGCGAGGGGAAGAAGAGCGAGAAGGAGAUCGAUGACCUGGAGGCACUUGCGAAGGAGAUCCAGUUCCGUGUCAUUGACCGCAAGCUGGUUCCGGUCACUCGCUCCUUCUAUAAUCGUACUGCCUUCCAACUGCCGGGUGACGCCCGUGUGCGCAUUUCACUUGACACUGAGCUCUCAAUGACCCGCGAGGACAACAUGGAUGGCAAGCGCCGGUGCGGCGACAAUUGGCGCCGCAUGGACAUCGGUAUCGAUUGGCCAUUUUCUCAACUACCAAAGGAGGAUGUCGCCUUGUUCCCGUACGGUGUGCUUGAAGUCAAGCUCCAGACUGCGCAAGGACAAGAGCCUCCAGACUGGAUCCGAGAGCUUACUGCUUCCCAUCUCGUCGAGGCUGUGCCCAAAUUCUCGAAAUUCAUCCACGGCACUGCUACUAUGUUCCCAAAGCGUAUCGACCUUUUGCCAUUCUGGUUUCCUCAAAUGGAAACUGACAUUCGCAAGCCCCUGUCGCACAAUUUUGGCCUUAAUCGACCCGGCCAGAGCACCGAUGUAAGCACAAGUGCUGCUAUGGAGGACGACACUGAUGACGAGCUCGAUGGCGACGAAGACGACGAACCACCAGCGGAGAAUGACCAGAAUCUGCAAAGAUUACGCGCGGCCCGCGACGCUCUCGAGCAGCAUGAGCAAGAGCGCCACUUGGACGAGGCGAAUGGUCAACCGAACGGUAAUGUUCUGGACGAAGAGGAGCGUAUGGCGCACAAGCCAAUCGUUCACGCGGACGAGGACUAUCCAUUGUACGACUCCGACGACGAAGAAGAACAGCUCGCCGAGGCUAAGAGGGUCGGUGGCUGGACUUACCGUGGUGCAUUGGUUAGACAUCAUGCACUACUAGCAGGCGACAAACUUCUGGACUUCCUCAAGCAAGCAGCUCCCAUGCCCAGACCCACGCAGAUUCCUGGACGAGAAGGCAGGAUGGGAAUACCCGCUGGCAAAGGUGUGUCAGAGAAACGGUUCAAGGCUCCUCCUGGGAAAAAGAUUCAUGUGCCUGUUCGUGUUGAGCCUAAGGUUUCGUUCGCUGCUGAGAGGACAUUCCUUGCCUGGCUCGAAUUCUCCAUCAUCCUUGGCUCCAUUGCAGCAACUCUGCUCAACUUUGGUGACAAUCUCUCUCUCGCCUCCGCUACGGCUUUCACUGUCGUCGCCAUCAUUGCACUUUUCUACAGUAUGGGCAUCUACCUCUGGCGUGUCAGCAACAUCAAGAGCCGUCGUGCUGUACAGUAUCACGAUAAAUGGGGCCCAAGCAUGUUAUGUGUUGGCCUUGUUGCUGCUGUUGCCGUCAGCUUCGGAUUCAGGAUCGCUAAGGGGAGUGAGGGCGGCUUGCGCGGUUGA